AUGGAGGAUGGAGGAUGGAGGAUCGAGGAUGAUGAUGAUAUAGAUGAUGAUGCUGAUGGCGGUGGCGAUUCCGAUUCCGAGAUGAUGAUGAUGAUGAUGAUGAUGGCUCAGCGUCACGAGAACACGGUGAUGCAAGCGCUGGAAUCGCUUAACGACUCGCAGGUUAAUGACUUCCUCAGCGGCAAGACUCCGCUCAACCUGAGCAUGCGCCUCGGCGACCACAUGAUGCUCAUCCAGCUGCAGCUGAGCACGGUGAACCCGGCGGGUGGCGGCGGUGGAGCAGCCGCCGUGGCCUCCUCCUCGGGUGGUUCGACGUCCUCUUCCGCCGCAGCAACUUCAACGGGAAAUGGAACGCCAGCUGGAACUGGCUGCUCCACUUCCGCUGCUUCCUCGGCGGUUCUGGCGGUUACGGGAGGAGGAGGAGGAGCAAGCACUGGCGGCACCAGCUCCUCAUCCUCGUCAUCCUCUUCGUCCGCUUCCUCUUCAUCCUCUUCUUCGUCGAGGACUCGCUCCUCCGGCCAGCGAUCGAGUGGCAGGAUCGGACAUGGCCACGUGCACAGCCACCAGCACCCGAGUCUGCAUGCCGCCAACUGGCAUGGUCAUGGCCACAGCCACGGCCACGGACACGGACACGGACAUGGUCAUGGGCACGGGCAUGGGCACCACCAUCACCACCACCACCACCAUCACCACCACCAUCACAACGCGUCGGCGGUGGCGGCGGGAAGCGGCGGCGGGAUGUCGUCGCUGCGCAAGAUGUACGGCGAUCUGCCCAGCUCCUCCUCGGGAGCCACCAAUGCUGGGUCAGCGGGAUCCGGGGGAGCGGGUCAGGCGGCGCAGAGCUCGUCCGCACUCAAUGGAUCCGAUCUCACCAAGCUGCUGAUCAAGGGCGAGCUUCAGAACAUCGCGAAGAGCUUCGCACUGAAGGAUGCCGGCGCAGUGGCCCGGCAGGUGGUCAAUGGAGGAGGGGGAGGUGGCACCGUAGCGGGAUCGAGUUCGGGAAAGCCCGUCUUGGAGCAGUCGCCCAUCAAGUCGCUGUCGAAUCUCGUCUCCAGUCCGAUUAAGAUGACGGCCAUCAAGAACAUUCCCCUGCCUGCAGCUCCUGUUGCCAGUUCCACAUCCUCUUCCUCUUCCAGCUCCGGUUCUGGUUCCAUUUCCGGUUCCGGUUGCAGCUGCAGCCUCUCCGCCGCCAGCUCGCCAUCUCCAUCGUCGUCCUCUUCCGCCAACGGUGGAUCCUGCACCGCCGGUGGCUGCCAACAGGAUCCCAUUGCCGCCAAGUUGACCUCGUGCUUGUGCACCCGCCUGCCCACUCCGUCGGUGGCUCCUCCGCCGCCGGUGGCCUCGCUGGUGGCGCCCGCCCCGCUGGCCAGAUCCGGCUCCACCACUGGCUCACCCGGGAAGUGCCCGGAGUCCAGUUGCGGCGGUGCCCGCUCCUCGGCUUCCGGCCACUCCGGGGUCACCUUCUCGGGCAACUCGAUGCUGCACAAGACGGGCAACAACCGCAUCACGAGGACCAAGCACCGUCACUACCACGGACAUGCCCAUGGUCACAGCCACGGACAUGGGCAUGGACAUGGUCACAGCCAUGGUCACGGGCACAGCAGCCACUUCUACCACCACGCCUGCGCCGGCAAUCAGUCAUCGGUGAACGGAGCCGCCUUUGCCACCAGUUCGUCAUCCGCUUCAGCGUCUUCCUCGUCAGCUUCCGCCUCCUCCUCCUCCUCCUCCGCCUCCGCCUCCGCCUCCUCCUCUUCGCGUCGCAAGUUGGAGCAGGCCAUGGCGGCAGGAGGAGGAGCAGCAGGAGGAGCAGCCACCACAGCAACAGCGGCGGCGGCAGUGGCUCUUCCAGCCAGCGGAGGCGCAACAAGUGCAGCAACCACCGAACCGGAGGACUCCCUACUGGGAGUGUCCGACACCCGUGCUCUCGCCGAGGCGUCGCGCAAUCUCACCCAGACCCUGCGCAAGCUCUCCAAGGAGGUGUUCACCAACAAGAUCGACCUCUCGGGCGCGGGAGUCGUGAGCAGCAGUCGCAGUUCCGCCGGCGGAGCCUCCUCGAGCGGAGCAGCUGGUGGCGAGGAGGCGCCGCGCAAGGGAGGAUCGGGAGCGGUGAUCGAGUCGAUGAAGAACCACGGCAAGGGCAUCUACUCGGGCACCUUUUCGGGCACUUUGAAUCCGGCGCUGCAGGACCGCUACGGAAGACCCAAGCGGGACAUCUCCACGGUGAUCCACAUCCUCAACGAUCUGCUGAGUGCCACGCCGCAGUACGGUCGUGGCGCCCGCAUCAGCCUGGAGGCACCUGCUCCGGGCUCGCUUUCGGGAUCGGGUUCGGGUUCCGGUUCCAGUGGCAGUGGCUCCUCCUCGAACUCCUCCUCUGGCAGCGGAAUGCACCAUGGAUCGCGCAGCAAAAUGUACUCCUCGAAGCAUCACAACUGCGCCAAGUGCAACAGUCGCGCCCAGCAGCAACAGCAAGCGGCGGCGCUGGCCAGUGGCAUCAGCUGCUCCUUCCGCGACUGCCCGAGCUACCACGGCUCCUCGUCCUCCUCCUCCUCCGCCUCCGCUGCUGCCUCCUCCUCGAAGGCUUCCGGCUCGAAGUCGUCCUCGCACAGCUGCUGCCAGCCAGAAGCAGCCAGUUCAGUUCAGGCGAAUGGCUGCAGUUGUCGCUAUCGCCGCGAUGAGGGACAGGGACAGGGAGAGCGGGAGCGGGAAAGGGAGCACACGUGCCAGAAGUGCACCGUGGAGCUGGCCAACAUGAAGACCCGCUCGAAGAUGGACCAGCUGCGUCUGGUGAUGCAGCAGCACAAGCAGAAGCGGGAGGCGCGCAAGCUGAAGAGUGGUCCCUAUGCCACGCCCUCUGCCGCCGCCGCCUCCGCGAAUGAUGGGCUCUCCUCGGUGGCAGCCGGUGGAGCAGCAGCCGUUUCAAUGGGAGCAGCUGGGCAGUACGCCCUGGUGGCCACGCCCCUGCAACCAACCGCUGUGCCCGUUCAGGCGACAAAGGCGACUCCUGCGAGCAACAGCAACAACAUCACUGGCGACAAUAGCAGCAGCAGCAGCAGCAGCAGCAGCGAUAGCGACAGCAGCAACAGCAACACCUCGACGGCACCCGCAACAGCAACAGCAGCCACUGCAGCCGCAGCAGCAGCAACAGCAUCUGCAGCAGCAGCAGCAACAGCAUCAGCAACAGCAACAGCAGCACCGCCCAGCGAAGUCUCACCGAAUCACAUCGUAGAGGAGGUGGACACGGCGGCCUAAGGGCAACAGAAGCCUCAGCUUGAGCGAAAACAACCAGCAGCAGCCCCGCUGACCCUAUCCUAUUUUGUAGCAUUUACUAGUUUACGCAGCAGCAACAAAGAACGAUGAAAAGAUGAAGAAGGAGUUCAAGAUGAAGAUAAAGAAGGAGUUCAAGAUGAUGAUACAAACGAAGAUGCAGGACCAGUAGAAGCAGAUGGACAAACAAGAGAAACUAGAACCACAACUAAAGCUUAUAUUAAUCUAGAGUUAGUGCAUAACAACGCCAAGUCUUAUGUUCGUUUGCCUUUUCCCACCUCCGCGAGAUGAGGAGGAAAUGAAGUGGGAAAAGCGGAGAAAGGUCGAUAAGCUGUUAAAUUAAUUUUAAGACCCCCAAAAACACACACACCAACACCCACAUCCACACCCACACCCACUUCGGUCCAAGCCAAUUGUCCUGGCAACCCGAUGAAGUGAACGAUGGAAUGAAUCAGCUUCUGGAGGCGAAAUCCUUUAAUGUUUUGUAUAUUAAACUUAGUGAAAUUUUUUUGUGUGCAUCCCAGGCAGACGCAAAGGUCAAUCAAUUGACCAUUUCAAUCGCAGACAACCCGCGCGAUAUUGGCAAUUUAAAACAAGAAGAAAAAGAAAGGGGGAAAAUGAAAGGAAAACCCCAAUAAUGAUAAAGAAAUGAUUCAAAUAUAUAUAAAUAUAUUUAAAUGUAAAACGUUUACACACAGACUAUGCUGAAUGAAUUGUAAGCCAAAGCGGUGGCAAAUUUUGGUAGAACUAAAACGGAAUUUAGAUUUAAUUUUAGACACACCAAAUCUAACUCACACACACACACGAUCACACACACACACACCUGGCUUUGGCAGCUUUAUGUUAUGUUUAACUUUAACCGAUGAAAAGGAAAUGCGAUGUGGCGCUUUAACCUAAUUUGCCUUAAUAGAAAAUCGUUUUCCACCAACUUAUUUUUUUUUGUAUACUUUAUCACCAUGAAUGUGUUUCGAAACGCGCCGGGAAAGACGAGCGACGAAUUGAAUUUUGUUCACCUAAACCUACACUAUUGAAUUAGUUAGUAAGAGACUAUGUUUUCUAUUCAUUUUACAACUAUCAUUACACGUACAUAUUAUUACCGAUUGGUUUAGUUAAGUUGCGCGAAUUAAGGAAGCGAACGGAAGCAGAAGCAGAAGCAGCAAGUAACGCUAACUUAGCUAUAGAAUUAUAAUUUAAACAGAAGCAAUUACUUUUUUUUGUCCUACAACUACUACUCUAUUACCCGAUUCAAAUAAUGCAAUUAGUUUUAGGCGAGUUUAACUAUUGAGUUGGUUUCAUUUGUCUUUGCCUCGUGUGCACCACAACUACUUGAAUUCAAUAAAUGUUUAGUAAAUGGUUUAGUUAACUAA